AUGGCGGCCGGCGAGGUGGCGGUGGCGGAGUCCGCCGAGCAAUUCCAGCAGCUGCUGCAGCAGAAGGACAGGUCCCUUGUAGUUGUGCACUUCUGGGCACCAUGGGCUCCUCAGUGUGCUCAAAUGAAUGAGGUUAUGGCAGCACUAGCAAAGGAACACACCCAGGUUUCAUUUGUGAAGCUGGAAGCUGAAGCUAUGCCUGAAGUAUCUGAAAAAUAUGAAAUUACUUCUGUCCCAACGUUUUUAUUCUUUAAGAAUUCUCAGAAAGUUGACAGAUUAGAUGGUGCACAUGCCCCAGAGCUGACCAAGAAAGUGCAGCGCCAUGCAUCCAGCAGCUCCAUCUCUGUUGGCUCCAAUGAGACUGCUAAAGAAGACCUCAACGUGCGUCUGAAGAAACUCAUCAAUGCUGCCCCAUGCAUGCUGUUUAUGAAAGGGUCUCCAAAAGAACCUCGCUGUGGUUUCAGCAGGCAGAUGGUGGAGAUUCUGAACAAACAUAGUGUUUCUUUUAGCAGUUUUGAUAUUUUUUCUGAUGAAGAAGUUCGUCAGGGGCUGAAAACAUACUCAAAUUGGCCAACCUACCCACAGCUGUACGUAGCUGGAGAGCUCAUAGGUGGACUUGAUAUUGUCAAGGAACUUGAGGCAUCUGGAGAACUGGACACAAUCUGUCCUAAGGCACAGAAGUUGGAGGACAGACUUAAAAACUUGAUCAACAAAGCUCCUGUGAUGCUUUUCAUGAAGGGAAGCAAACAGAUGGCAAAGUGUGGAUUCAGCAAGCAAAUUCUAGAGAUCCUGAAUAACACUGGUGUUGAUUAUGAGACGUUUGACAUACUGGAAGAUGAAGAGGUGAGGCAAGGAUUAAAGACCUUCUCAAACUGGCCAACGUAUCCUCAGCUGUACGUGAAAGGUGAACUCGUUGGAGGGCUGGAUAUUGUGAAGGAACUAAAGGAAAGUGGUGAACUGCUGCCUGUUCUGAAGGGAGAAAAUUAACAGAGGAGGACAGCAAGGGGAACCAAAAUACUUGGAACAAUUUAUUCAUUUCUAGGUGAUAUUGGAGCAGUAUUUCACUGUGAAAGGUUGGGGUUAGUGCCGUGGAGCCCAACAAGAGUCAACUAAGCCAGCUUGUGUCCAAUGUGUCUCACAAGACCAUGCUACCUAUGAAAAUGUGUUUCCACUGAAGAGACAAACAUGUCAAGGUCAUCAAAUUAAAUUAAAAUAUAAUG